CCGGAGGCGUUUCCCUUAUAUGGGCAUGGUGGCUGGUCGGCGCCGCGGGUCAGACGUAUUGAGUGCCGCUCCUUCGAAAAAUGUCUUAUAACAACCUGGCUGUCUGGGCUUGCCUGCCCCGCACCCAGAGGGGACAACCCAUCGUGCUGGGCGUCGACCCCAAGGGCAAGAAGCUCCUGUACGCCAACGGCAACUCCGUCAUCAUCCGCGACCUGGAGAACUCCUCCGUGGCCGAUGUCUACACAGAGCACUCCAUCCAAGUUAAUGUUGCUCAGUAUGCUCCCUCUGGGUUUUAUGUCUGCUCUGGAGAUCAGCAUGGAAAGGUCCGUAUCUGGGACACCAUCAACCCUGAGCACAUCCUCAAGGCAGAGUACCAGCCCCUGGGAGGCCCGAUCCGAGACCUGUGCUGGUCACACGACUCGCAGCGCAUUUGUGUUGUGGGAGAAGGCCGGGGGAAGUUUGCCCACGUUUUCAUGAUGGACACAGGAGCCUCGGUGAAGGGUGACCUCUCUGGACACACCAAGGCUAUCAACUCGGUCUCUUGGAAGCCGACCAGGCCCUUCCGCAUUGCCACUGGCUCCGAGGACAACAAGUCUGCCUUCUAUGAGGGUCCUCCAUUUGUCUUCAAGUGCACCAAAGCUGACCACACAAAGUUUGUCCAGUCUGUACGGUACUCUCCAGAUGGUGAGAAAUAUGCCACAGGUGGAUUUGACGGCAAGAUCUUCGUCUACAAUGGAAAGGAUGCUGAACUCAUCAAGGAAAUGGGAUCCCCAGCACACAAAGGAGGAGUUUAUGCAGUAUCCUGGAGUCCUGACAGCAAACAGCUUCUCUCUGCCAGUGGAGACAAAACAUGCAAGAUCUGGGAUACAGAAACAGGAGAGAUGGUUUCAGAGUUUGUCAUGGGCACAGAGGUUGAAGACCAACAGGUGUCUUGCAUCUGGACUGGGGACUUCGUGGUUUCAGUCUCCCUCUCUGGGUUCAUCAAUUACCUUAACCCAGCUGAUCCGUCGAAGCCUAAGAAGAUCAUUAAGGGCCACAAUAAGCCAAUAUCUCGAAUUGGUCUUUCCCCAGACCGCAAUACAUUGUAUACAGCAGGAGUUGAUGGCACAGUCACUGUUUGGGAUGUUGCAACAGGCGACAAUGACCGCAUUUCCGGCAAGGGCCACGGGAACCAUGUCUCGGGCAUUGUUGUGAAGGAUGACAUUGUCUUCAGUGCUGGUAUCGACGACUCUGUGAAAGUCAUUGACCGUCUCCAGAAUGGUUACACUGGAACAUCCAUCUCCUUGGGAUCGCAACCCAAGAUGAUUGCCUCCCUUGAUGAUGGUGUCAUCUGUAUUACCACUAAAGAGAUCUGCAUGAUCCGCGACAACGUGAAAGUGGGAAGCUUCCCCGUCAGCUGGGACGGCCUCUCCAUAUCCACCAAUGGAUCCUUCAGUAACGAUGUGGCGGUCGGCGGCCAGGACAAUCUUAUCCACAUUUACACCCUUGAUGGCAACACCCUUACAGAGAAAACCACUCUGCAACAUCUAGGACCAGUGACUGAUGUGGCCUAUUCCCCCGAUGGCCAGUAUCUUGUUGCUUGUGAUGCAAACCGCAAGGUAAUUGUGUACAGUCUCCCUGGCUAUGAAAAGUUCAACCGUAUGGAAUGGGGCUUCCACAACGCGCGCAUCAACUGUGUCGCCUGGAGUCCUGACAGCAGUAUGGUGGCUAGUGGCUCUCUUGACACCAUGAUCAUCAUCUGGAGCAUGACACAGACUAACAAACACAUCAUUAUUAAGAACUCGCACCAACAAGCCCAGGUCACAGGCAUGGUGUGGUUGAACAACGAACAGCUAAUUUCUGCGGGCCAUGAUGGAGUAGUGAAAAAAUGGAGCGUCAAGUUCUAGAACAAUGACUCGCACCCACAGUCGCAAGUGACAGGACUAGUUUGGCUGGACAACGAGAGGGUGAUGUCUUCGGGUCACGAUGGACUGGUGAAGACAUGGAACGUGAAGUUUUGAGUUCUCCUGAAUUCUUGAGAGAAUCCUUCUUCUUGAAACAUGGCCUUUUCAUUCAGGACAAGCAAAAAUAACAAUAAGAAGACUCGUUAAUUGUAUUGGGACACCAAGAAAUUGCUUCAUGAUGAUGUGUGUGUGUGUGUGCCAUUUAAAAAAAAACAAAACAAAAAAAGGAACUGGUAUAUAUAUAGAUAUAAAUAUACUCAUAUAUAUAUACAGGUUUGAAGAGCAUAUCAGACUUAAGAAUAUAGGGUUUUCUCAUCACUUCAUAGGUAAGUUUAGUUCCUAAGAUUAUCUCUGAGCCUGGUAAUGCAGGGUUUGGAGCCUCUGUAUGCCGGAAAGGUUUGUCUGCUGCAAAUACUAUGUGAUUUUAUCCAAAGAAAUUUGAAUCCAUUUGUCUGCUGUUGAGAUUAGCUCUGUAACAGUGCUUUCAUGUGACUCAACCAAACUACCAGUUCUUUCUUUCCUUCUUUAACUGGAUUGGAAUAGUAAUGUUUGUAUUAAUUACUAAAAUCACAUUAAUAUUUAUAUGGGAAAUGCAUUUAUAAUAUGAAGAAAAAAAACAAAAAAAAACUAUAUAUCCAUAACCAUCCUUUGAACGCAUCCUUUGGGUAUAUGUCUUGGCAAGACCUACAAGGUACUCAAAAGUACAUAGUUUGACUGUUGUACAUUCCCCACACCCUUUAGGUGCUAACCGUCGUGCACUUGAAACUACUAAAGAAAGGUAAAGAAAACGAACGGGAUGUUGGGAUUUUAAAAAAAGUUAAAAAGAGAGAGAGUAAGGGCUAUGAGCUUAGUUUGUCCUGCAGUGCAGAGAUAUUGAAUUAGUUGAUACAUAGUCUGUUAUAUCAAAAAAGAGAGAGAAAAAAGGUUGUUUUUAGUAUAAAUCCUCUUAACUUAUUUUUGAUACUAGUAGCCCCGAGAUUUUCAUCAUUACUGCAUAACAGCUGUAACAUGUCAUUCAUUUCGAAGGGCUGGUGUAUUUUUCUUAAUAGUAAAAAAUUCUUGUGCCAAUCUUAGAAGAGAGGAUGCAGUUUGCUUUGAGAAUACAAUGAACUCAGAGAAAGCAUGUUGCCAAGAUAGAUAACGGGAUAACAGAUAUUUCCAAUAUGAUCCACAGAAAGAAAAAAAAAAAAGGGUAUCUGGCAAUUUAGUAAAAGCAUCCUUUAAGACAUCAAAACUUCACUGCCUUUUUUUUAUACAAGAGAAAAAAUUGGAAAGAAGGGGGAAAAAAGAAAAGAUAAGACAGACACAGACAGACACAGACAGCCCAUAUCUAACAUGAUUUACCAUAAUUCAGGAAUUGUAUCUAUUUUUAAUGUUCCUAAACAUCAACAUCUUUUUGUAAUUUUUGUAAGUGUGAAUGUUAAAAAAAUAAUAAUAAUAAUAAUUAUGAUUUCCAUUCAUAUGUGAUUAUUGCUUAGUCUCCGUUUUGGGCAUGUCUUCCACGCAAUGGACAUGGGAAUAAAAGCGAAAAUAAUUUAUUCCGUAUAUUUGGAAUGUGAUUUAAACAUUUUUUUGAUUUUGUGUGAGAAUAAUUUUUACGUGGUUAUGCUGUAUAAAAAAAGAAAAAAAAAAAGAAAGGAAAACUUAUAAAAAAAAAAUUACAUAUAUAUCCCAGUGAUUGUUUGAUAUUCAUGUAAUGCCCAGUGAUUGUGUUAUGUAAAACUUCUCUUUAUUUUUAUUUAAGUUCAUCAUUUACGGGCCCAAAGUGACUAUUAAAGACCUGUCAGUUGAUCCCUUUUAUUUGUUUACUUUUUUCUACAUUUAGAUUUCUUUUUCUACAUAACUUCACCAUUUCCCCCCCUUUUAUAUGGCCAAUAGAAUUAGACGUACACAACUGUGAUCUUUUCCAAACACCGGUAACUUUUGUCUCGCGACGGCACUCCUGACCGAGGCAGGAAUUGAGCCGACUGCAUGAGGGCACAAUGACAAAUUACCCUUUGUACUUGCAGAGGUUCUGGCAUGACCGUUGUCUCUUGGUCUUGCCUUCUGAUUUGGUGAAAUUUGUGAUCUGUACUUCGCAAAUCUCUCGCACACUCUCUUUUCCUCUCCUUUAAACUCUCUAUCUUUAUUUAGUAAUUCAUGAUAACAGUGUCACUAUAAAUUUUUGGAAAUGUGUGUCAUUUUUGGUACUCUUUAGGAAGAUCCCGUGUAACCCACUGAAGAGCUUAUUCAACAUUGCAGGGUAAUGUAAAUCUCACUGUAAAAGGGGUAUUACCUGUUGCAUAUAUAAUUCUGCUCAAGAAACAAAAGAUAAACUAAAAAAAAAAAAAUGAAGAAAAAAAAGGAAGAAGAAAAGUAAUAAACAAGGACUUAGUAAUAAGAACACUAUGCAGAAUCUUUUGUAAAGCCAUCUGAAAGAAGUUCAAACUAGCACACCCAUGGAGAACAUAUGAUGUUGCCAUGAGAACAGUGUGCCUAUUCCUUGUUAUAGCAGUGCAAGUACAGAACAAGAUUGAAUAUAGGAAAACCGUACAACUACAAUUACUUAUAGCAGUUUUUCAAAAUAUUUACACAAUAUUUCCCUCCCCUUUUUCUGUAAGGCAUCAAGUUCCUGAUUGCCCUCUCAGCCUUCAUUUUGAUAUCAAUAAACAAUCACCUUGGUU